UAUCAGAAAGCAUGGGAAAACGGCAACUCUAUUCGGACUUCAAUUAUCCGGAAUUUGAAGUAUGGCGAGGACCAGCCGGAAAAGUUUUCUACGCACCGUAUAAUUAUACGUGGAAUUACAAUUUGGAAAUGAAAUAUUGGAAUCCCGUGGCGAUACAGCUGUUCUUUUCGAAGCAUUGGAGUAGCUCAUUAUACAUAGCCAUUAUUUACAUAUGUUUAAUUCAUGCUUUGCAACGUUAUCAACGAACCCGGAAAGCUUGGAAUCUUCGACUACCGCUCUGUUUAUGGAAUAUUAUCCUUGCAAUAUUCAGUCUUAUUGCAACGAUCAGAUUUGGUGAAGAGUUUUACAAUACUUUAACUACACGUCCAUUUACACAUUCAGUUUGCUAUUCCAUUUCACCUUUUCAACCAGCCGCUGUUUGGGCUUUCGCAUUUGCGACAUCGAAAGUUGUUGAGCUUGGUGAUACGAUUUUUUUGCUGAUGCGUAAGAAGCCAUUAAUAUUCUUGCAUUGGUAUCAUCAUGCUGUAGUUCUGAUCUAUAGCUGGAAUGCAGCAAUCGAAUUAACAGCUUCAGGCCGUUGGUUCAUCAUGAUGAAUUUCUUUGUACAUUCUAUAAUGUAUGCUUAUUAUUCUGUCACAGCAUUGGGUAUUCGACCACCGAAAUUACUUUCAAUGUGUGUCACUGUGUUACAAACAUCACAAAUGCUUAUUGGUGUACUCAUUUCUGUAGUGGUACUCAAACAAAAACUGGAAAAUGCAAUUUGCCAGCAAUCAAUGGAUAAUCUGGCACUUGGUUUUGCGAUUUACUCUUCAUUUGCUGUACUUUUCAUACGAUACUUUCAUGAUGCAUAUAUGAGGCCCAAGAAAUUUUCACAGAAGAAAAUCGAAUAG